CAUUCCUUUUUCUUUCUCUCUUCAGAAAUCACUUUUUUUAAACUCCCAAAACGGCCCCCAAUAAAAAAACCCACCUUCUAUUCUUCCUCUUCCUCCUCUUCUUCGUCGUCUUCUUAACCAUGGCCACUGUCUCGUCCGAAUACCUGGCCCUCGGCCAGUCCUUCCAGAACCUGCGCUCCAUCAAGGGCCACUGGGACGGAGGAGAAGCCAACCCGGCUGUUGAUAACUUCAACGGCGAGAAGCACCAAACCCUGCAGAAACUGGGCGAGUACUUUGGCAAACCUGGGACAUCUGCCGCAGAUAUUCUGGCGACCAUGGGCCAGCCCGACGAGAUGAAGCAGACCAUGGACGAGGCCUUCCAGGCGUCAUUGAUGCCUGGCCCUAUGAUCGGAGGUACGGACGCGAGCGUUGGUGCUGCAAAUGCGACGGUGAUGUAUUUUAUCUACAAGUGGAGGGGUAACCACGACUAUCUCUGGUUCAAGAUUGAUGCUGUCAAGGAGCAGGUCAUUGAAAGCUCGUGGUAUCACGCGUACGAGUAA